AUGGCAGAAUUCUUUUCGGACAAAAGUAGUUUUCAAUCUUCUGGACGUGGACGAGGUCGUGGGGGUAGACCCAGUGAUAGAGGUAGAGGCAGGGGUGGAUGGAGAGGAGGAAACCAGCGCGGAAGAGAUGGUCCUGCUCCUGCUAGAAAUGAAUCCAGACAGAACUUCUCGAAACCGCCAUUGACGCAUUUCCUUUCUGUACCGCUUGGACAUCUACCAGCUGUACAAUCAGCUAUGAACUCAUUUAGCUCGCAACUACUUGCUGCACAGCCACCAAUCGACGGACUUGAUCACUCGAUUAUUGUCACACCACGGCGUCUCCAUCUUACACUAGGUGUUAUGAGUCUGGAAGAUGAUUCAGCUGCUUUAUCGACUGCAGGUGGAGCUGCGCAAGUCAAAAAAACAGUUUCCGCAGCAUCCGAGUAUCUAAAGAAGAUACGUCCAAGUAUUAAUAAUGCUCUGAAUGGCCAUGCACUGCGAGUACCGCUUACUGCAAUUGAUAUUAUGAAGCCGGAGAGAAAUGAUGCCUCGCGUGCACAUAUAAUGUUUGCUGGUCCAUCUGCGAGUGACUUGCGUUCGGUUGAUGGGCAGCGACUGAAGUAUGUUUGCGAGCUCAUUAAUUCAGAAUUUAUAAAAGCGGGGUUUGCUGUAGAUGAUAAGCGUCCUUUGAAGCUCCACUGCACGUUAAUCAAUACCUCUCAUCGUAAGCCACGGCCACAAGGCGGAUACGCGCGGCGAGUACCGUUUUCGUUUUCACAGGUUUGCAACUCAGAUGCAGUGAGUCGUCUGAGAAUAGCUGAACCUGAAUCGACUUCUUCGAGUUCUGCUGGGGCGGGAGAAACAAUCGCUCUUACUCAACAGACUAGAACGGCCGAGUCGGAUCUACGAGGAGAGAGGGCAACAACAACCCCUGUCACUGCCAUGGAAAAGGUUGCUGGACAGAACACGGGAAGCUAUGCUGUACCAGUGGAUUUUGGUACGCAUACAGUGUCUGAGAUCCAAAUUUGUCGGAUGGGCAGUUGGGGACCUGAAGGUGAAUAUGUUUGUGUUGGGAAGAUUUCGCUGGAUGGAGAGUAGUGUAUUAACCUCAAUGUCGAAAU